AUGCGCAUUCCCAUCCGUGAACAGUUGGGAUGCCUGGUUCUGCUUGCGAGCAUGAUCGGCCUGGCCGUGAUUGCCAUUGCGACUUGGGUCACCAACCACAACUUCGUGCUCAACAUUAGGUCUACCCGACUUAAUCUGACCGCUUCGCUCAAGGCCGCCCAAAUCACCUCGAACCUGAACCUCAUGCAGAUCAUAGUCGUCCAGGCCUCCAACCGUCUGUCUCCUCAGUCUGCUCUGCAACGUUAUUACCUCGGCAACGACACGGCGAACAACUGGGGUCGGACAGAAGAAGACUACGAUGCUAUCUUCACCGGUGACAGGAGGAACCGCAUUGCUGUGCAAGCUCGCAUAUACCCUUACAACACAUCGAGCAACGUCCUGUUCAGUCGCACGGCCAACACCAUGCUCGAUGUGCAGCUGCCUUACAACACACCCGACGGACAACCUGCCACCUUGGGCGACCCGGAUUACGGCUUCAUCCCCGAGCUUUAUCCAAGAUUCGAUGUUCGUUCGAUACAAUAUAAUUCAACCUUCAAUAGAUACGAGGCUGAAUACGACGGCCGAGCCAUCGACAACUCCAGCUAUAUGUUCUCCGGGCCUUACAGAGUCAACGACAGUCUCAGCCUCGUGUCGAUCACACUGCCAAUCAUCAACAACACUUCGAACAUCGACACUCUUGGCUGGCUCACAGCCGUACUGGAUGCGUCGCUUCUGACCAAUGUCGUCAAUCAGCUCGAGGGUCUCGGUGAGAGCGGUCUUACGAUGAUGUUUGGACCGGAAAAUGCUACCAACCACUUCCCGUCUGGAUACCUGUACGACUCGCCGAAGCCCGAUCCGCCUAAGAACGCCCAGGUCCGCUUCCUAGUCCCUCCAACGGUCAGAGACGAUGUGAAUCGGCAUGGCCAAUACGAAGUUGCUCUCAACCCGCCGCCUUUCGAUUGGGUCGAAUUUCCCGCCAUCAAACAAGCUUUCACCAAGAAAACGGGCGCCACAAACAACGCUGGAAGCAUCGUCUCGACGCACAACGAGCAGGGCGAAAACGUAGCCAUUGGAUACGGUAGAGUGGACAGCCCUAUGGUUGACUGGGUGGUCAUUAUCGAGCAGACGCACGGAGAAGUCUGGGGACCUAUCUACCAUCUGCGCAACGUCAUCCUUGCUUGCGUCUUUGGCACCAUGGGUGCUAUGAUUUUGCUCACCUUUCCCAUCGCCCACUACUCGAGCCGACCGAUCCGACGCCUGCGAGAUGCAACGAAGAAAACUGUGGCUCCUCACCUCUUCGAAGACGACGUCAGCAUAGGCUCGGCCAACGAUGGAGCGAACGAUGUCCAAGAUGAAGUACUGGCUCGGAAAGAAGGCUUUUUCGGCCAGGUCAUCCAUUACAGAAGAAACCAAAGGGCGAACAAAGCCGAGAAGAAAGAUGCACAACGAAGGCGGCAGUUCCGUAUUCCUGGAAAAGUGAAAGACAGAAAACAUCUAAUACACGACGAGUUGACUGACCUUACCAAAACCUUUAACGAGAUGACGGAUGAGCUCAUGAUGCAAUACGAAAGGCUUGAGGAAAGAGUACAGCAACGAACAGCUGAGCUGAAUGAGAGCAAGAAAGCUGCCGAAGCGGCGAACGAGAGCAAGACCUUGUUCAUAGCCAAUAUCUCGCACGAGCUGAAGACGCCACUCAAUGGCAUCUUGGGCAUGUGCGCGGUUUGCAUGUCUGAAGACGACCCAGUCAAGCUAAGAAGAUCUUUAGGGAUCAUCUACAAGAGCGGCGAUCUAUUGCUCAAUCUCCUAACAGAUCUUUUGACGUUCAGUAAGAACCAGGUUGGACAGCAGCUGAGCUUGGAUGAGAAAGAGUUCAGGCUACGCGACAUCAGCUCUCAAGUACUGGCUAUCUUCGACAAGCAGGCGAGAGAGGGCGGGAUCAGCUUGAACGUACGAUUCGAGGGGCCAUACGACGCCAACCUCAACGACGACGGCCAACCCAACCACGACGGUGGCUUGGGCCCUUUCGGACUUGGCCGCCUCAAAGACAUGAUCCUCUACGGAGACCAGCACCGGAUUCUGCAAGUCGUCAUCAACCUGGUAUCAAACAGUCUCAAGUUCACACCCCAAGGCGGAAAAGUCACAAUGACAAUCCGCUGCACUGGGGAAGCCCACAUGACUGACAGCCGAAAAACCUCGCUGGCUUCUAGGCAGAGUUCAGGGAGGAAUUCGAAGAACCGUUUCCGGGCUACUAGUUCAGAAGCGGGCUCAAUGUCGACGACAACUCCGAACGGGUUUGCAACAGCUAACCAUAUCAACGCGCUGGAGAAGCCGAACGCGUACUCGCAUAUCAUGAUGUCGGACCGAGCGGCGACCCCUCCGCCAGGGCGAUGGCUGGCAUUUGAGUUUGAGGUUGAAGACACCGGUCCUGGUAUUCCCGAGGAUAUCCACGGCAAGAUCUUUGAGCCUUUCGUCCAAGGUGACUUGGGUCUAAGCAAGAAGUUCGGCGGCACCGGUCUUGGUCUCAGUAUCUGCUCGCAACUGGCUGGCUUGAUGAAAGGUACCAUUGGCUUGAAGAGCGAAGUCGGGCACGGCAGCGUAUUUGCUAUGUCGAUACCGAUCAAGCAUCUUUCAAAUCGCGCCGACAGUACGGCAAGCUCCCAGGUUGAUCCCAACUCGCGGCGCAACUCGUCUGUCGAUGAGUCUCGUGUUGCGUCACGGGAAGACGCUCGGUCGAUACGCUCAGGUCAUUCAGUCAAGAGUGGCUCUGUCCCUGUUGUAAACGCAGCGGCUGCUGCUAGUGGAGCUGGUACUGGCCCUGUUGCUUUCGAAUCGGAUUCGAAACCACGUCUAGUCGGCCUCAGCCAACCUUUCUUCGCAUCCAACGCACCCUUGGAAUCUCCCAACUCACAGGCGAAGGCGAUAGAGCGUGUGGAAGCUGAGGCCACAAAAGGGGGCAAAAAGAUCAAGGUCCUUGUCGCUGAAGACAACACAACCAACCAGAUUGUUGUCAUGCGAAUGCUUAAACUCGAAGAUGUGUACGACGUGACAGUGGCGAAAGAUGGACAAGAAGCGCUCGACAGGGUCAAGGAAAGUAUGGAAGCAGGCGAUCCGUACAACCUAAUUUUUAUGGACGUGCAAAUGCCGAACAUGGAUGGUCUGGACUCAACACGACUGAUUCGACAGUCUGGAUUCUCCGCGCCUAUUGUCGCUUUGACCGCUUAUGCUGAAGAGUCGAACGUUCAGCAAUGUAUGGAAUCCGGUAUGGAUUUCUUCCUAUCCAAACCUAUCCGUCGACCAGCGCUGAAACACGUGCUCAAAACCUACUGUUCUCCUAUUGUCGAGGAGGACGAAGGCGAGAAGACACAUUCGGCCGGCCCAUCGCCAAAAGUAGAAUCCUCCAAAUCGCAACCUUCGCCCACCCCUGCCUCGCAAGCGCCGUUCUCGAUGAACCCUGGCCCAGGCGAACACAUCGAUUCACCCGCGAUAUCGCCGGGUACCACUUAA